UAAUCUUCAACAAUACGCUGCAAUAAUUUUAAAACGAAAGGUUCAUGCAGGGGACUCACCCUUGUCUAAUGCAAGACUCUUUCCCUAAAGAAAAAUCUUUCAUCCUCAUCUAUGCUUUUUAUGAUUAUGCUCACUUUAACACAUUUAAAAGAUCCUAAAUUAGUAUUAAUGCAUUUAAUUCAUCACUAAACAAGAUCAACAAAUUACUUGAGAAGCUUGAGAAUGAAUUAAAAAUUCAAUUUUACCAAGAUAACAACAAUGAACAAUUAAAACGUGUAGAUACUGUAGAUAAGUAAAGAUAUCAUCAGCAGUAAAAUCAUUUAAUGAAUCUUUUAGCUUACAGCAAUUUUAUGUUCAUCAAGACACUUUAAUGAAAUGAAGAAAUUUGAGGUACUACAGAAUAAUUUUCAUCAUCACUAAUUCAAUUUAUUAAAUAAGAUGAUCAUCUGCGUCAAGUUCAUCCUCAUUUGAUGACAAAGUCAGUGACGACACAAUUUGGCACCUAAAGCCUAAUUUAUAAAUCUCUCUGAACCUCAUGUGCUCUCACUCUUAUAUUCACAAAUUGGCCGCGAAAUGAUUCAAUCAAGUGAGAGGUUGAUGAUGUAGGGAAUUUUGUGAGUGAUGCUAAACCACCACAGAGAUAACAAUGAUGAUACAAUUUGUACUAACAGCCGUAGAUUUAAUAGUUGCCCACUGUGCAAGAUCACCAAUUUACAUGCGACGAUUUAAUACACGGGAAUAUUCGGGACAUGUGGGAAUCAAUGUGAGGUUCGUCAGUUCGCCAUCAACCCAGCCAGAUGCAGUUUGGCUUCACAGAUCGCGCGCGCCUAAGCCACUGAAAUUCGCGUAUAUAACUCAUCUCUAUUGUGAACCUUUGAGUACAAGUGAGAGAUUUCCUUGAAAAAAAAAAAAAAAACACACGCAACAAUGCAAAGUCUCGAGGAAUUAAUUUUACGAUCACAAAAAUUCUCCCUUCCUGAUUACCUUGUCUUCAUCAUUAUGCUGUUUAUGUGUAUCCUCAUUGGAAUAUAUUUUGGGUUCAUCAAGAAUGUGGAUACAGAAUCGGAAUAUCUUGUUGGAGGUCGAAAUAUGCAAGUUCUCCCAAUUGCAUUGAGUCUCAUUGCGAGCUUUAUCAGUGGGAUAACCCUCCUAGGACUUCCGACGGAAGUAUAUUCCUACGGAACGCAAUAUCUCUAUGUGAUCUCAGGAGUUUUCCUGAUGGCAAUCACAUUUUCAACAGUUUAUCUCCCAGUUUUUCAAGGACUCAACAUCACAUCAACCUAUCAGUAUUUGGAAAGUCGUUUUGAUCGACGACUUCGUCUCUAUGGAUCCAUCAUGUUCGCAAUUAUGAAUGUAGCGUACCUCCCCAUUGUGAUCUAUGUCCCCAGCCUGGCUUUCAAUCAAGUAACUGGCGUCAAUAUACACAUCUGUUCAAUAAUGCUUGUUGUCGUCUGUGUUUUCUACACAUGCGUGGGUGGUUUGAAGGCCGUGGUGUGGACGGAUGUUGUCCAAGUCAUACUAAUGUUUGCCGCCUUGAUUCUAGUCGCGAUUAAGGGAACAUUCCAUGUAAAUGGGCCGGAAAUUGUUUUAAAGAAUGCUUUUGAGACUGAUCGCAUUGAAGCACCCAUUUUCAACAUUGAUCCCACAAUUCGGCAUUCAUUUUGGUGCCUCUCGAUUGGGGGACUCUUCUAUUGGGUGCAGACAAAUGCCAGUAGCCAGAAUAUGAUUCAGCGAUACCUUUCACUACCAUCCCUCCGGGAGAGUCGAAGAGCUGUGUGGAUCUUUGUGAGCGGAGUAACAAUUCUCAUGCUCCUCUGUGCCUACAAUGGGCUUCUUAUUUUCACCACAUACCGCGAUUGUGAUCCACUGACAACAAAAUUGGCCAAAGCAAAGGACCAGCUGUUGCCACUGUUCGUGAUGGACACUCUGGGUGAAUUGCCUGGACUCUCCGGGAUGUUUAUUGCCGGAGUGUUCAGUGCUGCACUCAGUUCCCUUUCCACCUGCCUCAAUUCAAUGUCCGCAGUCGUACUGGAGGAUUUCUGUAAACCCUUCGUACGUACCCCGCUCACCACAACGGCAACCAACUGGAUAAUGCGAUCCGUGGUUGUCGGUGUGGGAGCUCUCUGCGUUUGCUUGGUGUUUGUUGUUGAGAAAAUGGGAACUGUGCUGCAGCUCACAAUGAGCCUAGAAGCUAUCACGAAUGGACCCCUAUUGGGUAUCUUUACGAUUGGCAUUCUCCUCCCGCGGAUUAAUGGAACAAGCGCUCUCUCGGGAGGAGUUUUCGGGGUACUGCUCAUGAGUUGGAUUAGUCUCAAUGCACAAUGGGCCAUUGCUUCGGGAUCCCUCAAAUUCGACACAAAACCCAUGUCUAUUGAUGGAUGCAACUACCUUUUCAACUACACAUCUACCAUUUACACAACACAGGCACCAAUGGAUCCUGAAGCUAGCAUAAUGCCACUCUAUCGAAUCUCCUACAUGUGGUACACUUUCCUGGGAACCAUUUCAACCAUUCUUGUGGCGUUUAUUGUUAAUUUAAUAAAUGGGGGUAAUGAUCCUCAUAGCAUCGAUGCAUCCCUCAUAUCUCCAGUCAUCAGGAAAUACUACAAAAAUCCAGCCAAAGUUGUCAAGGAAGAAGUGGUGAUAAAGGACAUAACUGAAGAGUCGUAUCUGUAGAAACAGUUUGUGAUGUUUUUUUUUCAUAUUGUCAAAUAAAACUUUCAGUCUUUUCCAUUCCGGUAGCUAAUAAA